AUGUGUUGCAACUACUACGGCAACUCCUGUGGCUAUGGCUCCAGCUAUGGCUGUGGCUAUGGCUCUGGUUAUGGCUGUGGCUAUGGCUCCAGCUAUGGCUGUGGCUAUGGCUCUGGCUCUGGCUGUGGCUAUGGAACUGGCUACGGCUGUGGGUAUGGCUGUGAUUAUGGAACUGGCUAUGGCUGUGGAUGUGGCUCUAGCUCUGGCUACUGUGGCUACCGGCCAUUUUGCUUUAGAAGAUGCUAUUCUUCCUGCUAAAACAUCACUGUCAGAGGACCAUUUGCUUCUAAAAUGACACGUCUAAAGAUAAUACUGAUUCAAGGAUUCAUACUCCAAGAUUUCUAUAUCCAAGGAUUACAUGCCUGACAGAGUCUUGGACCUCUAGCCUCACAUUUCUUUGAAUGAAAUCAUGGCCAUAGGAUCCACGGUGUCAUCUGACUGUUUUCCAAAUGUUAUCUUUUGCUCCCUUAAUCUCUGAUUCUCUGUUAUGACUGUGUUAAUGAUCAUAACAUCUACAAUUGGGGAAGUCAAUCAUUUGUAAUAAAAAUGGUUCUUUAUUCCAGAAAAAAAAUGUUUUAGUACAAAAGAGUCAAAAAGCUAAAAUAAAAUAUAGUUUAUAAAGCAAAAAAUUAUCAGUAAGCUAAGUUUAGUGUAUUAUUGAAGAAAUAAAAUGUAUUUUAUACAUUUACCCAAUGCCUAAUGUUUAAGACAUCUACUGUAGUGUACAGUAAUAUCCCAGGCCUUCACAUUCACUCACUAAUCACUCACUGAUCCACCCAGAACAAUUUUCAGCCCUUUAAGUGCCAUUCGUGCUAAGUGGUCUAUAUAGGUACUGUUUUAUUAUUAUUAUUAUUAUUAUUAUUAUUAUUUUAUACUGUGUUUUUACUGUAUCUUUUCUAGACUUCAAUAAGUUGAGAUACACAAAUAUUUAUUAUUGUGUUACAGUUGCCUAUAUUAUCCAAUAUGGUAACAUGCUGUGCAGGUUUGUAUUCCAGAAGCAAUAGGCUAUACCUUAUAACCUAGGUGUGUUCUAAGCUAUACCAUACAGGUUUAUGUAAGUACACUGUGAAAUCUGCAUGGCAAACAUCAUUGCCUUAUGAUACAUUUCUCAAAUUUUCAGAACAUAUCCCUGUUGUUUAGCAGCACAUGAAUGUAUUUGAUUUAUUGUCUUGAUGUCCCUUGGCUUUCCCCAUGUGUUACCAUCAACUGCCUAAUGAAACAGCCUGGGAUUGUGUAAUGACUAACUUAGUGCUUUGAGUUUAAUUCUUUUUCAGCCACUGUGGUAUGUUGAUUACUAUAUUAAUAAUGUGUCUCCUUUAUGUGUUUUCAAAUAGUUACUUGGUCAUGAACUAUUGAUAAGCUUUGGAAACAUGAUUUCAUUUAUUCUGCAGGAUAACUUCAGGAAGUGGGUAUUAAUUCUCACGGUAUAAGUGAAGACAUUAAGCACCAGAGUUUAAGUAGCUUGAUCCACUGAAAGAGAUUCAACUGGGUGGAACCUAUGCCGCGGAGAAUUGCUUUCUGCCAUUGUUAUCGUCCAGCAGUUGCCGAAUAGCUCUGACCUGAGCAAAGCAGUGAAACGCGGUGCUGUUGAGUGGGUUGCCACUGCACCUUUUUCAACUACUCUAGUCUUGUGGAGAAAACACCCCUUCUAAAUUUUUUCUUCAUUGAAUACUCUCCCUCAGGUCCAGGGUACCAUAUAGAGUUUUCUUGUAUUUUAGAGUUACUGUUUUAUCAAAGUUUACCAGUCUUUUGUAUUACAUUUCUCCUGUCUAAA